AAAAUAAAAAAUGCAUGAGAUGUGAAUGUGCAGUGUGAAAUGAAGGAGAGGGUCUGGAUGUGGAUGUGCGGCUCUUCUGCUUGCCGUGCCAUGCGGGACACGCUGCUGGCUGCCACCAUGGCACCUUCCCUUUCCUGCUCUGGCUCUGUGUGUGCUGCCGUUAAUGUCUCCAGCUGUGCGGACGCACAGCACCGUCAUGCCCCAUCAGUUUUGUUGCACUGAUCGGUUCAUCGGCAGAUUGAGAGGUUUUUUUCAGGCAGAGUGUGGACGCGCACUGGAUGGGCAGCGAGCGAGGCGAGGGGCGGUAUACGGGGCCACUUCUGGCUCUCCAUCGUUACGGGAAACGGUGCUCCAAGGACACGGAGAGGAGAGGCAGGAGGCGCAUCCAGGUCGUUUAGGGUGUUUGCUCAUUGUUUUCUUUGCCGUGAGCCAAGUUUUUUGUGUGUAACUAGAGGAGAAAGCGUGAUUUCUCAAACAAGACGGAGCUUUGUCCGCCGCCCAGCUUUUUGGAGCUUUAAUUUGGCAAAUUGGCUUCCCAGACAGACCGACGGCCAGACCGUCUCUGCUCCUCUGCUCUCCCGUCUUCUCCUCGCUCUUUUCAGCCACGCUCUCUGCCAUCACAGGUUCUCUAUGGACUCUAUGCCUGCUUUACUUUUUUCUCAACCUCGUUCUUGUCUCUCCGUGCGUAACCUCCAUCCAUCCAUAACGGAGCUGUCAUACUGGAGGGGGUGUGUUUUUUUCUAAAGAGGCCUCUAGCUGCUAAAGGCUGCGAGGCUGAGAGCUGCAGGCCUGCGACAUGUGAAAAGAACUUGACCCCUUGACCCUCUCAAGUCUCGCCCUGUAGAUCUGAGCUUGGUUGUGUUUCUGCAGCAGAACUCGCUUGAACUGAAGUUGUGACCGCGACCCGACACCCUCCUGCCUCGGGCAUGCCUCAGCCGGGUAUGAAUGGGAUGGAGCCUGCGUUUGGCGAGGCCUACGGGGGACACAGGGGUCUGCUUAGCCCCUACCCUCUGGUCAUGUCGCCACAGGGGGGCAGGACUGAGUACGACCAGGUGAGACAGCAGAGCGUGCUCCUCAUGCUAGGCUCCCCGGCAUCACCAAGGAAACGACCCUUUGAGUUGCUAAGCGACCUGGUGGACGACGGUGGCUUCGGUGAAGACCUACACCCAGAGCGCUGGGAUGUGUCUGCAUUGGACGAGAUGGCUCGCUACACCAAGCCGGGCCUCGGGGUGGGAGGGGAGCUGCUGGCUUACUCCGAGGAGGCCGUACUGAUGGGCCGCUGGGGGAGGAGCCAGGAGGAGCAGGAGGAGGAAGAGGAGGAGGAGGAGGAGAGGAGGAGGAGGAAGAACAGGCACACACUAUCUCCCGUCACCCAGGAAGUCCAGGCGACUGCUGCAGGGAGGGAGGAGGGGCAUAUCUCUGUUGCCACGACAACAGAGAGGGGGUUAUGUGUUGUGGGAAGAGCAACAGGAGGGGGACAGGAUGGGGGAAUGUCAAGGGAGCGUACAGUGGAGGUGUAUCAGGUGGCACAGGAGGAAGAGGAAGUGGUGGUGGCGGCGGCAGGUUUGGCUUUAGAGCACUGCAGCGAGGAGCACAACUACUCCCUGAGCCAGGGCGGGGAGCUGGGAACAGGGCCCAGUCACAACUCCCAGACAGACGAGGUGCGAGAGGGGGAGGCGCAACAGGACGUGCGGGGCAAGGAGGAGGGCCAGGCCAUGGGUGAGAUUGAUCUGGAAGAGGAAGAGGACGAGGAGGAGGAAGAAGAGGAGGAUGAAGAGGAGGAGGCAGAGGAAGGAGAGGAGGGAAUGGAGGAGACGGUGGUGGAAGCUGAACUCUCCAGCACCUCAGAAACUGAAUGUGAGGUGGAGGCAGAGCCAGUGAGGAAGCCAGGCGAGCGCCCCUCGAAGCGCAGCUGUUUCUGGGAGUACAGACGCGCUAGAGAAUCAACCACAAAGAAGAAGCUGGGCGGAGAUGUGCACUGGUCUCUGUCGUGGAGCUCCAGCACUCUCCCGAGCACACUGUACCGCAGAGAGGGCAAAAAAGGGCGCCGCAAAGCUCGCAAGACUGACGCCAGUGACCUGACACCAAACCCUCAGAAGCUCCACAACAUCGGGGAGCAGCUGCAGAAGCUCAACGCUGCUAUCGACGGAAUGGGUCCAGUCAAUGACCUGCCCGCUGUGGCCCGAGCCCGGUCCCGCAAGGAGAAGAACAAGCUGGCCUCCAGGGCCUGCCGGUUGAAGAAGAAGGCCCAGCAUGAAGCCAACAAGAUCAAGCUGUGGGGGCUCAACCAGGAGUACGACAACCUGCUGGGGGCUCUGCUGCGGAUUAAGGAGGUGAUCAGACGGCGGGUGGAGAGCAGCGAGGAAGAGGACACAGAUGAAGGAGGGAUGACCCAACACCUGGAAGACAUCCUGCGGGAGUCCAGCGGUCCUUUAGUCGCCGGGCGGACCAAAGACUUUGUGCAGAGGAUUUUGGCAGCCAGCGCUGGCGGUCAGACCCAGCGCAAAGAGCCCCCGCAGGGAGGAGAUGAGGCAGCGGGGUAAACCCCACGCUCUGCCCCUCCUCCCUCUCUCUCCCUCUUCCACAUCCUCCCCUCCCAGCACCACCUGCCUGACCUGACCGAGCUGCUCUCACAGUGUAAAAAAUAUAAGCGAAGAGGUGAAGCAGAGGUGGGGAAAUAGAAGAAGAGGAGGAGGAGGAAGAGGAAGGAGUAGCCCAAACAAAAUGGGAGUGAAUAGUCACCGUGCUCCCGGCCACCUCCUGCUGGCCCUCCACACAGCAGCCGCCUUCACUGCUCUCUCUGCAGCCUGCACCACAAACACCGCCAGGCCGGAGCUGCUGCUGCUGCUGCUGCUGAUGUUUCUGUGUUCUGUGUGUCUGUGUGUGUGUGUGUGUGUGUGUGUGUGUGUGUUGGACAUGUAACAUACUGUAUGAGUGUGUAUAGUGUUCCUCUCUCCCUCUCUGUGUGGAAUUUGUAUCCCAUUGUGCCUAUGAAUAGACAUUGCACUGUUUUGUAGAUGGUUGUAGUUGUCGGCAGGGGACCGGUAGUGAGCCGAGGGCAAGGGGGCAUUUGAGGAUAGAGGAAGUGCUAAAAUAAGGAAGUGGGAGGAGCCCAGGCCUGAAAAGUGUAGGAGCAGCUUUGUCUGUGUGUGUGUGGGUGUGUGUGUGUGUGUGUGUGUGUGCUUUUUUUUUUUUUGGCUGGGCUCCAGUAGAAACACUGCAUACCGUUCAGAUUGCGUCGUCUGAAAUGCCAGUAAGUGAUCAGUAAGGAGUCCUGAUGCCAGACCAGCUGUUAAUGGAAACAACAGACUUUGUGUUGGAGCUUUAAGACCACCCUCCCUCUUUAUCCCCGCCAUCACCCUGUCAAAGUUAAA